AUGGUUCUGAGACCUGACGAAUUCACAGACGCAGCCAGACAAGUCUUGCACGAAUCCCAGCAGAUUGUACAGCGUUAUCUCCACUCGCAGUGGGACGCCGAACAUGUGCUUAUGGCGCUGCUCGAACAGCAGCAGGGCGUUCCCGCCGAUGUACUCGCGGAGAUUGGCGCCGACAUCCCUGAGCUGCGCCAGCGCCUUCACGCCAUAUUGGAGCAGGCGCCCAAGUCGAGCCAGCCAUCCAACCAGAUAUACCAGACCCCAGGCGUAGGUCGCCUGCUGUAUAGCGCAAAGGCGGAAGCCGAGCGCCUGCAGGACAACUACAUCAGCGCAGAGCAUCUCCUGAUAGCUCUGACGCAGGAUGCGCAGGACGCCGCCGCACGCCUGCUCGCCGAACACGGCAUUACGCAGGAAGCCGUAUAUCAGGCGCUCCAGAAGGUACGUGGCGGGCAUCGCGUAACCGACCCACAAGCCGAAAGCCGCUACCGCUCGCUGGACAGGUUCACCAUCGACCUGACCCAGCUUGCCAGGGACGGCAAGCUCGACCCCAUCGUCGGGCGCGACAGCGAAGUCGCCCGCGUGAUGCAGACGCUCAUUCGCCGCACUAAGAACAACCCCGUGCUGAUCGGCGGCGCGGGCGUCGGCAAGACCGCCAUCGCCGAGGGCCUGGCGCAGCGCAUCGUCGCGGGUGAUGUGCCAGCGGAACUCAAGGACCGCCGUGUGCUCGCCCUCGACAUGGGCGGGCUUGUCGCGGGCGCGAAGUUCCGCGGCGAGUUCGAGGAACGCCUCAAAGCUGUACUCGACGAGGUGCGGCAGGCACAGCGCGAGAUUAUCCUGUUCAUCGACGAGAUUCAUACCGUCGUCGGCGCGGGCGCGUCGGAGGGCGCGGUCGAUGCAAGCAACAUGAUGAAACCGGCGCUCGCUCGCGGCGAACUGCAAGCGAUGGGCGCGACCACCGAGGAUGAGUACCGCAAGUACAUCGAGCGGGACGCCGCCUUGGAGCGCCGCUUCCAGCCCGUGCUGGUGGAAGAACCGGACGAGGAGACAGCAAUCGAGAUGCUCACGGCGCUGCGUCCGCGCUACGAGGCGCAUCACAAGGUUCAUAUCGAAGAUGACGCUCUUGCUGCUGCCGUCCGCUUAAGCGCGCGCUACAUCUCGGACAGGCUGCUGCCCGACAAGGCGGUUGACCUCAUAGACGAAGCCGCGAGCAAGCUCCGCAUCGACGCGCAGAUGCUUCCCCCGCAUCUCAAGGACGCAGAGCACCGCCUGCGCCACCUCGAAGACGAGGAAGACGCCGCCGCUGAGAUGGCAGACUACGAGCGCGCCGCAGAAUUGCGCUCCGAUCGGUUACGCCUCCAAGCCGAGUUCGACACAGAGCGUGACAAACUCACCGGGCGCAUGGGAACGAAAGACCACAACGUUGUGCAUGCGGAAGACAUCGGCAGGCUCAUCGCGAUCUGGACGGGCAUCCCCGUUGACCGCCUGCUGGAAGGCGAGGCCGAAAAGCUUCUGCACAUGGAGGAGCGGCUGCACAACCGUGUCGUUGGGCAAGACGCCGCCAUCACCGCGGUGUCGGACGCCAUUCGCCGCGCCCGCGCAGGACUGAAAGAUCCCAACCGGCCCAUCGGAAGCUUCAUAUUCCUUGGACCGACCGGGGUGGGCAAGACCGAGCUCGCUCGCGCCCUCGCCGAAUACCUUUUCGACGACGAGCAGAACAUGGUGCGCCUGGACAUGUCCGAGUACAUGGAGAAGCACACCGUCUCGCGGCUCAUCGGCGCGCCGCCCGGCUAUGUCGGCUACGACGAGGGCGGGCAGCUCACUGAGGCUGUGCGCCGUCGUCCCUUCCGCGUCAUCCUGUUCGACGAAAUCGAAAAGGCGCAUCCUGAUGUAUUCAACACGCUCCUGCAGAUCCUCGAGGAUGGGCGACUGACUGACGGGCACGGCAGAACGGUCGAUUUCCGCAACACGCUAGUCAUCAUGACCAGCAACCUCGGCACUUCGGAGGCAAGCCGCCGCACAGCGGGAUUUGUGACAGGCAGCCCACAGGGAGAAUCGGCGCGCCUGCAUGCGUCAGUGGACGAGGCGCUGCGCCGCACUUUCCGGCCCGAGUUCCUGAACAGGCUGGACGACACCAUCGUUUUCGAGUCGCUCACAUCGGAGCAGGUGCGGCACAUCGUCGAGCUGAUGCUGCGCGACGUCGAAUCGCGGCUGACCGAACACGAUGUGGCAAUCGCACUGACAGACACUGCCAAGGACUGGCUUGCCGAAGCGGGCUUCGACCGGACAUACGGAGCGCGACCACUGCGCCGCGCCAUACAGCAGCACGUCGAAAACCCGCUGUCCAGGGGUAUCAUCGCGGGCGAUUACACCGCAGGCGACACAGUGCGCGUGGACGCGAGCGAAGACGGCCUACUAUUCAACAAGACCGCAGAAUUAACGGACAAAGCAGCUUAA